AUGGGGCCCAUGCCCUCCAUGGGCAGCUUUUACCAGUCCAUGAGCGAGUGUGAUGUUGAGGAGUACCUGAAGGCCAGGACCCAGGCCCAAGAAUCAGAUUCUGACCAGUGCAGCAGCAUCGAGUCCUCAGAAGGGCCUGCCAGCACUUUCAACUCUGACGUGCCCCAGGUUGUCCCCUGCAAAUUCAUCAUCUCACUGGCCUUCCCAGUGAAUGUUGGUCAUAAAGGAAAAUAUAUAAGUUUGAUCGAAAAAUAUAGGAAACACUCUAAAAUGGAAAAACCUGUUUCAAAGGUUCGCCGUUUCUACCACAUUGAGUAUUUCCUUCUGCCGGAUGAUGGAGAGCCUAAAAAAGUUGACAUUGUGGUGUUUCCAGCAGUGGUCAAAGUGUUUCUGGAUUCAGGAGUAAAGACUGUGAAGCCAUGGCGUGAAGGGGACAAAGUCUGGGUGUCAUGGACUCAAAUUUUUAACAUCAACGUGACAAAGGAAUUACUAAAGAAAAUAAAUUUUCACAAAAUAACUUUGAAGUUCUGGGACACUAAGGACAAGGUUUCAAGAAAAGUCAGGUAUUAUCGAUUAAAGACUGCUGGGUAUUCAGAAGAUGCAGGAUCUUUUGAGGAAGUGAGACGUUUGGUUUUAAAUCAGAGAAGAUUGUCUGAAAAGGGCAUUCACAUCAAAGAGGAGUGGGAUGAGGAGUAUGCAGCAGGAAAACCAGAAAAAGCAGAAAAAUACUUAAAGUCUUUGGACGCUGAGCCUGAAACUCUUUCCAAGAAUACUGAGGAAUGUGAAAAGCUACUCAGAACAGAAGAUCUUGCCACAGUUGGAUGGAACGUUUCAAGAAUACCAACUAUUUCUUUGGGUGGGGCAACCAUGAUGGAGAUGAAGGAAUUAAUUGAGAGACCAUCGUUUAGCAGCUUAACAAACAUAUUAGAAAAGCAAAAAUUUCAAAUUAAACAGAAAGAAUCAGAGGGAAAGAAGAAAAGCCAGAAGAAAAGGAAGAAAUCCCGAGCAGAAGAGGACACUGACCCCAAGCUGGCAGGCCACUGGAAGCAGGGCUCCUUUUCCAUUCAGCUGGCAGUAAUGCCACUCCUUGCAGGAUGGCAAACUGUAGUGAGUCAUGGCAGUGGACAGUCUGCCAACAUUUUAGAUUGUUUUUUGACUUUAAAAACAGAAGUUCCUAUCAUGACUGAAGAACAAAAGCAGGACUUAAACCCCCUGACUAUAAAGAUCAAGUGUGUUUCCUGCCUUCCAUCACAACCUGUGCCCAUCCAUGAACUAGAGAGGCUCUGCACCCCUGUGUACUGCAGGUACCAGUUCUAUAAGACUCCAGUUCACCAGACUGAGGGACAGCCUCAUAGAAGCCACGUCUCUUUCCAGGACAUCAAUGUCAUUUUUCUUGGGGCAAUGAACCCCAGAGAACUGAAGGAAUACCUACAGGGCCCUCCCAUGGUGGUGGAAGUUCAUGAUCGGGACCGCAAGUCAGAAGAGUAUUCCCGGAAGCCCACCCUGUUUGGGGAGGACCCUCUGGAUUCAUACCUCAACUUCCAGGCCCUCAUCUCACCCAGAGAGACAGAGAACAACCCAUUUGAAUCUCAAAACAAGAUGUGGGACCCUUAUGGGAUUGCUCAGGUCAGUUUUGCUGACCUCCUCCUCGGCCACAAGUACUUGAACUUGGCUGUUCCCAUCUACAGCUGUGAGCCCAAGCCCAUAUACCAGGACAGCAGGAGCAGGAAAGUUGUGGGGUUUCAGGUACCUACAGAUGGCCUCCGUCAUGGCCCAAUGCCCAUGGGCAACUAUCUAGAAGCCAAUUCCAUGCUCAAGCUCCGAGUGGACAUAGCAGUUCCACUGAGGGCUGUGGCAGAAGCCCCUGAUCCAGACCUCACAGGCACCCAGUUUGGCCGCAUCAUUUUUGUAUUUAACUCCAGGAAGAUCUUCCUCUUAUACAGCCUGCUGCAGGACAUCACCAUGAUCAAUGCCAAGGCCCUCGAUCUGGACUCCUACCCUAUCCAGAACAUCCAGCAGAUCCUAUCAGCCUUUAAGAUGCGGGUGAAGAUCCAGGAAAAGCAGGACCUAGAUGUGCUUACUGGCUUCCAUCUGCUGGAUGGGAAGAUUCAUCUCCUCAUUCUGGAAGGCUUGGCUGACCAAGGCUUGAAGAGGCUAUGGGAGAGCCACCAAAGCCGAAUUACCAAAUCAGAACAUGGGAAAUACAAGGUGCUCUACAACUCUCAGCUGCUGUUUCAACACCGCCUCUAUGCAGACCUUGAGACCAUCCUGUACCACGUGCACCUCUUCAAGCCGCUGUCACAGCUCAUGAAGCACGCAGCACUCUACAUUCGCAACUCAGUGCCACAGAAGGCUUUCCAGGCCCUGACCAGAAUCUACUGUAUCUGCCAUCACAGCACCAAGCUCAGGGAGGUAAUCACAAGAGACCUGCUGCCUUCUUCCACCAUGAUCAAAGACUUGAGCCAAGAGUUUGGGUUGCCCAUUUCACAAGAAGAACUUACAGAUGGAAAACUUUUGGCCAUACCACCUCAUCCUGCCCCCAAUCUUGAGGACUUCCGAAGUCGGAAUUCCACCCUCACUUGUGAGAUCCUUGCCCACCAAGAGAAGUACCUGCAGUGGCGGAACACUGUGAUGAUGAAGAAUAAGGGCCAGAAGCACAAUCUGAUUCAGGGGCGUUGUCCACAAGUGGACUUCCACGGUGAUGGACUUGCUCGUUCUGAGCACCAGCACUGGGUCAAUUGCUCAAGAGACACCGUGGACUUACAGGGGACACUGAGUUGUCAAAGCAAGGGCUGA